AACCUGGCAAUUUCCGAGUCCUGAUUUGUUGCUUUCUUCGACCGCCAGCGUUAACAAGGUUUAGUACAAGCAAGCCAAGUGGAAGCAGGUGAAACACUGUCUGUACACCUGAACUAUGUUGUAAGCCAGCCUUUCCCAUUCGCCGUCCUAAAUCAUCAUCCCAACAGGCCACAGUCUGCACAGCAAAUCAGACCUCAGCAGACUCAUCAACAACAAGGAAACGUUCCUUUCAUUCAACCACCUCAAAACUUCGAGACAGCCCAAUACUUCACUAGUACUCUUGAUCUCAAUGCUGCCGCGAAGCAAAUGGCAGCCAUGAACGCUGCAGGUAUGCAAAGGCAAAUGGCAAACGUCAACGGCCGCCCAUCCGCGUCUGUUGGCGGAGUAUCUCCGGGAUCAUAUAUCGGCGGAAUGUCAUCCUCUUAUAACCAUCCAGGCGGCUUUACUGCAGGGCCACCUCACGAUACUACCAGUUCGAUGCAAUUCAAUCCCACAGCUUUGUCAGCUCAAUCAAAUCCCCAAGGAAUCUACCCUACCCAACAGACCACCAAUGCACCGUCAAAUCCUUCCAUGAACCCAUCCAUGUCUCAUCCAAACUUCUCUGCAUCCGAUGUUAUCAAGCACCGACAGCGAACUUUCCUCACAGGAUUGUCCCAAGCCCACCUUACCCGCGCUCCCUUGCCGCCGGCUUUAACUGGAGUCCCAUACCCACCCAAUUAUGACCCCACAACUUCGCCAUGGAAGUCUUUGGACUGCUCACCAGGUCAGCCAGGUGUUGUCCGCUUGGGCGGCAAGGACAUCGAUCUCCUAAGGUUAUGGCAUGUUGUAACUCAACUGGGAGGAUUCCAAAAAAUCACACAGCAACAAAAUGGCUGGUUACAAGUCGCUCACCAAUUUGACCUGCCGGAGUACCUUCCUCAUCUAUCGAACCCUGGCCAGCAACGUCCCGUUGCUCACAUUCUGGGCAAUUUAUACAACGCCAUCUUGCUCCCAUUCGACGACAUGUAUCGCCGUAAUAUGCAGGAGAACAACCGCAAAGCAAUGAUAGCAGCUGGACGCCAGCCAGGCGUUAACGCUGGAGCUCCCAACGUGAAUACGGGGCCCAGUGCACCUCAUGCAGCAUUACCACCAGGAACAAUGGGCGCGAAUGCAGCUGGCGGCAUGAUGGGACAACACACGGUGAACAAUCAAAACCCCACCAUCAGCCCUGCCUCUCAGUCACUGCCACUGCCACAAAGCCCUCAUCUACGCCAAUCUUCUGCGCCAAUUUUUCAAUCGCCCGCCAUUCCCUCAUCCUCGGACCCUACACCUAAUCAGGCUUCAUCGCAGCUCAACACUGUAAAUUCUGCACCCCAGCUUAUGAGGCCACCAUUGGAUUCAUCUGAACCAGAAACCCAAGGGACGAAGAGAAGAUUAGAGUCAGAAGAGGCAGAAGGGAAACGAACAAGACAAAAGACAGAUCCGCCAGAUACCACCGAGACCAAUAAUACCACAACGCCACACGGAUCCGUCCCAGGAGCUCCCCCCUCGCGUACUCAAUUUACGAGGACAAAAGUCGAAUACAUUCCUUUGUCACGCGAAAUUGAUUUCACUGGCGGCCGUGAUUUCAAUGCACUGGAAGAGGAUUAUGUUCGGUCUCAGCGGCGGCCCAUGCGAGAUAUCAACGAGUGGGGCACGGUUGACAUUGAAGCCCUUACAAUGUCCAUCCGAUCGCGACUGAACUCCGAGCUUUCCUACGCUCUAACGACAAUGACGUUGUUAUCUACGAUGCGGGGUCCAACCCCUGGGUCUGGAUUUCCUAUUUCUCAAUGCACGGAUUUACUUGAGGAGGUGCUCGACCUACUUGAGGAGGAAGCAUUUGGGACUACCCCAGACGUCGCGGAUUAUCGGCUGGGCAAUGGUGCCGAGAUAGUACGACAUCGGGCGCUCGUAGACCAUGUUUUCGAAAAGGAGUCUAUGCUCUUUGCAGGGCUAGAAAUCCGUGAUCCUCAGUACGAAACACGUGGUCCAGGGCAUCGCGCAGGCAAUGUUGUGCUCACUGUGACCAACCUCAUACGAAACCUUUCUGUCACCCCAGACAAUAUCAUCUGUCUGGCAAGACAUGAACGCACACUUGAUCUUGUGCUACGUGUCUGUGGUAUCACCACGUCAUCAGACGGAACACCCAAACCAACUUCACCAGCACUUGCCCUGUCAGACGUAAUCAACGUUCGAAAAGACGCGCUUCACAUUUUUGGUAAUCUAUCAAAUUACAUCGCAUUCCCGAAUCCUAAUUCCCCUUCGAACGCAACAACUGUCACUGCGAGCCGCAUUCUCGACAUCAUCACGUCUAUCCUCAUAGAGCCCUUCGACUCAGUUCCCCCCACGCAAUUUCUCAAACAAAGUGGUGUUCCUUUCCCGCACAGCAAACCAUCGUCUAUUGCCGACCUAGCCCUCGACGUUUUCACCCGCCUCGGUCAGUCGGACUCUAAUCGCCAGGUUUUCUCUAGGGUCAUGCCCCAAUCUCUUAUUUGGCGACUAUUGGAGUCCCUCGUUCAUCGUCUACCAGUAUCAGACCUCGACUUUGCUUUCCUCGGCCGGGAUCCAUGGCUAUCUUAUUUGGAAAAGACAAUUAUGGCGAUUUACACGAUCGCAUUCUUUUCUCCGCCGGAGUUAAAGAAGAAGAUCAAAGCAGAUCGCCCUCUGUGUUUCUCGCAGGUUAUGAUUCGUCUAGUACAACGUUUUGUGACAAUGGGUGGUAGCCCGGAGGUGCGCCAGUGGCACCUCGCCGUUGCACGAAGAGCGGUGGAAGCCAUGAAAGUUGUGGACGAAGAGGAUGAUGCUUUUGACACCUCACAGUCUACUCAAACCACGCUGGCAUUCGGCAUGGGCUUUAUUGAUGGUAAUGAUCCCGGUAUUGAAAAGGGGAUAGGGUUGCUUGCUGGCCGCCGGGACGCUGCAUGGGAAUUGUUGAUGCGAGAUCUGGAUCCUGUAAUGUUUUCGGAGCUGGAGAGUUUGAUGAGGGUUGAAUGUUAGUUGUCAGGUUCGCGGGAUGGUAUUGUUGGUUUAACGUCUUGUAUACUAACUCCUAGCUUUACAUUUUGCUGUCCAUACUAUAUGUAACUCCGGAUAUCCAUGUCAACUGUCGCUCGAAGCCUUGUUGUCUAGACAUUUAAUUAUUAUUAUUGACGUUCUGACUAGCUAGUACUUAUCUCGUUUAGGCUGUGUAACCUUUCCCGAGUACUUCGCGUAUUAGCAGCUUAGUGGC